AAAAUCUCUUUGCAUAAAACUUUAAAGAUAGUGCUCGCUCGCUUGGUGAUAUCUGAUAAAUCAAAAUUACGUAAAAGAAAUAAUAUGAAGAAAUCCGAAACUUUCUAUUUUAAUAAAAAUAAAUUAAGUACAACUAAAAAAAACAAACAAGUCAUAAAAUCUCACAACAAAGAAUCGAAACCUUUCUAAUAUAAUUUGUAUCAUAUAAAAAAGUGUUUAUAAUGUUUACCGUUGACCAUACCUUACGUGUGAGAAGGCUCUAUAAACUCAUAUUUCGUGUACACCGAGCACUACCUGCGGAGUUGAGAGUUCUUGGAGACAAUUACGCAAGAGCCGAAUUUAAAAGGCACAAGCAGUGUAACGCAGAUGAAGCUAGGAUAUUUCUAAAUGAAUGGACUGACUAUGCUAUUAAAUUAGCAAAACAGUCUAAGCCCAUGCAUCAGAUAAAAAAAGGAGACAUGGGAAAACAUUUGAAUCCAGAAUUUUUGGACUAUAUGAGUGAUGAUCAACUAGUUCAAUUAUAUGAGUUACAUAAAGCAGCUUCUUUAGCAGAAGAUUCAGAUAGCCAUGGCUUAGAAACAAUUGUUGCGGAAAAAACCAAGAAGGAAUGAUACAGUAUUCUUUGUGCAAUGUUGGUUACAUAAUAUAAUAUUUUUAAUCUAUAUUCUUAAUUAUUAAUUACAAGCUAAAUUGUAAAACAAGCUACUAUUAUAUUUAUCUAGAUUAGGUUUGGGUAAAUAAUGUUGUUGUCAUUAUGAAACAUCCUGAGAUUUGCUUGAAAUGUCUUCAGUACAGGCAAAAAAUGUUUAGAGCAUACCAAUCUUCAAAAUUAAUUUGUAGUUUAAUUCACAUAAUAGGAUGUUGAUAUUGCAUAGUGUGACACCUGGUAAUUGUAAGCUUGGUGAGAUCUGUGGAUGCCUUCAUGAGUGAGACUUGAUUUUUUACUUUCUUUCAAGAGACGUCUGUAUUAUUGUUGGGGAAAAAUAUUUUUUGUAUCACAUAUAAAAAAUAAUUUGAGACUUCUGAUUAAAAAAACAUGUGUGCAUCUUGGGAUGUUAGAUAGAUAUGAUAACUUACAUACAUACUUACCUGAAACUAAAUAUGAUAAAAUAAGGAAAAGUUAUUUAUUAAAAAAAUCUUUUAUUGAUUCAUAUUAUAUUUAUUGUAAUUGUAAUAAGUAUGUAAUGUAAUUAAUUAAUUCAAUUUGUAUGAUUAUAGCCUGCCAUAUGCAUGAGAGAAAGGGAAGCCAGACAGACUGGUACCAUAAUGUGUUAAUUUACGAAGUGGUUUACCUCCCCCAUAAGAAGUUAUCACUUCAAAAAGUAACAAAUUGUGGUAGAAGUCUGAAGGUCAGGGCUAUAUGGGGGAUGCAUUAACAUCUCCCAGUUACAAAUUUGUUUUUGUUUUUGAUAUGUAAUGAAAUCAAAAUAGUGCAGUCAAAGAAAUUUUUUUACAUGUGUGUUAUAUAAAAAUAACACCCUCUAAAAAAAACCCCCUCUGCCAGUAAGAAAAGUAUUUACUUUAACUGAGAAUAACUGAAUGUGAUGUAGGGGACUUGAUUAAUUAAUGCAUUUGGGAAUAUUUGAGCGCAAACUCUUUCUUUAUAUAUUAAAUUAUUUUAUACAUUAAAUUAUUCUCGGAAACACCAUACAUGUUAAUACAAUUUAAGUUCGAAAAGUAAGUCAACUGUAUAUUAUUAGUUUAAGUAUUCAGUUUCUCGUUAACACACAGUCAUUAGUGAUUCUAAAGAACAACAAAUUAUAUGUUGAGCAUAACAAUUAUAAACACAUACAAAUUAUAUAUAUAUUUGUAUAAAUUUUUAAUAAAUCCAUUUUUUGGGACAAAAAUAAUGAAAACCAUUGUGUGGUAGUACAACUUUAUUUUGAUUCCAAAUAAUUGUAGUUUUAAAGUACUCAUAAACAUUAUGAGUAUUUUUAAUAAUCAUCAAACAGCACUCUGUCCAAUGUACUUAUAACUUUGUUUAGUGCUAUAUCCAUAAAUUAGAAUGUCAAUGUCAACUUGAGCCACUGAAAUAAGAUUUAAUAUUAAUUAUUGUUGGUAGCAGCUAUAUAUCUAUUUAUAUACAACAUGUUUAUGAUGAAUUCCCAUGACCCGUAAGGUAUUAAUGUGACCGCAUAUUAGAAUUGAAUGGUGUAUGAUAUAUAUGUUUCUUAUCUUUCAUACAAAAUAAUUGAAAUUAUUAUCAAAUACUAGCUGACCCGGCAGACUCCGUACUUCCUCAAUCGAUAAAUGAAAGACCAAAACUUUUGUAUAAAAUAAACUUAAAACAAAUAAAAGGAAUCCUUUUUUUAAGUGUUAUUUUUUUAUAUGUUUUAAGGAAGUUUAUUUUUUACCUCCUUAGAAAGAUAUAAAAAUUGUAAUUAGUUCAUUUUAAACUAUUAUUUUUAUUUGAUUUCUGAAUGACAGGGGAGACUUCAGAGGAAAAUCAAAAUUGUUGUUUUUAUUUAAAUUCCUGAACUUUCAUGUUUAUUCAAACCUUUUAAACCUUUCCUGGAUUUCCACAAAAAAUUCAUGACCAAAAUUAGCCAAAUCGGUUCAAUCGUUCUCAAGUUUUAGUGAGACUAACAAACAGCAAUUCAUUUUUAUAUAUAUAUAGAUCAAUGUCACACUUCAAAUUAUGAACGAGUGUAUUUACCUACGUGUAAAUGAAAAAUAUGUCGCUAUCUUACUUUUAUUUGAUUAUUAUGUCCUUUGAUUAACUUCGUAACUGUAAGUUUGGCAACAUCACUAAGAUUAGGACUUGGCAUAGUGGUUACAAUCACAAGACACAAUGUAGGUACAUUUAAAAACAUUUUUACACCCAUAAUAUGCAUUUUAGAACACAUGUUUCUUGGACUUUUCUUUUUAGCUAUAGGUUAUAACCAUAAAAUUAUGGCAAUUAAUUAUAAACACACUGUAUAAUAUAAAUUUGUUGAAAAGAUAAAGAAAUAUAAUAUAUUUUGAUGUUUAAGUGUGUUAUGUAAAUUGUUCACUCAGGUAAUUGUCUUCCUUAAACAUUGAGGUAGGAGUGGGGAUUGUUGUGUUUGGGUACUAAUGUAAUAAAAGGCACAAAAAGUA